CAAGCUUUCGACGCCAAGUCGGGCUUGAUCAGUUCGUGCGCGCACGUCUUAUCGACCUUCAUGCUCUCUUAGUCGCCGACUUCAUCAACCCCUCCGAGCUCGAGCGCAAGGCGGCGCGGGAUGUCGCUCCUGUUCAAGAAUCUGCGCAUACAUCAGGUCUUUGGCGCGAAUACCGACGUCGGCAAGACCCUGCUCACUGCCGCGCUCGUCCGCGCCUCGGCCGCGAAAGAAAAACAGGUAUUCUACCUGAAGCCGGUCAGUACGGGACCGUUGGAAGAUGCAGACGACGCGCACGUCAAACGAUUUGCGGGUCCAAACGCGAAAUUGGUCCACCCGAGAUGUCUCUUUCGCUUCGACGAGCCCGUGAGCCCGCACUUGGCUGCGACGAUGGCCAUCGAUGCGGGCAAGAAAGAGGUGGUCAUCCCCUCCGAUGAAGCGUUCGUCAACUCCGUCGCAAGCCACAUUCGGCAGAUGGCCUUAUAUGCGUCCGACGCACGCCCGUCGCAUAUGUAUGUGGAGACAGCAGGAGGUGUACACAGUCCGACACUCUCCGGCACCACCCAGCUGGACGCCUACCGGCCGCUGUUCCUACCCACCAUCCUGGUCGGCGACUCUCGCCUCGGCGGUAUCUCGUCCACGAUCUCCGCAUACGAGUCCCUCCUCCUCCGGGGUUACAUCGUCGAUGCCAUCCUGCUCUUCCGUGACGCCUACUACCGCAACUUUGAGUACCUUAACCCGUACUUCGCCGAGCGUGGAGUACACGUUACGGCGGUUGAACCUCCUCCAGACAAACAGCGCGACUUCGACCAAAAUUUUGCCACAACCGAAAAAUACUACGCGAGCGUGGCGCAGGAAGGAAGAGAUGGCGGCGUUGCAGGUGUCGUUGAUCAUCUUGACGCCUGCCACCAAAAGCGCCUCGCCGAACUGGACUCGAUGCCUCGACGAACGCUCGACACCGUCUGGUGGCCCUUCGUUCAGCACGAGCACGUCCAGAGGGAGAGCGACGUGAACGUCAUUGACAGCGCCCACGCGGACUUCUUCACGAUCUUCAACGGCAAGAAACAACCAUCGACAACCUCUACGACUAAAACCACACCCUCCUCGCUCCUCCAGCCGCAGCUCGAUGGCUCCGCCUCAUGGUGGACUCAGGCGCUCGGGCACGCUCACCCCCGGCUCGCACUCGCUGCCGCCCGCGCCGCCGGGCGCUACGGCCACGUCAUGUUCCCCACCGCAACGCACCUCCCCGCCCUCAAGCUCGCCGAACGUCUCGUCCACGAAGGUCCAGGCAAAGGCUGGGCCUCCCGCGCCUUCUUCUCCGACGAUGGCUCGACAGGCAUGGAGGUCGCGCUCAAGAUGGCGCUCCGUGCCUUCUCCUCCCGCCAUGGCCUUCAAGGCGCGGAUCGCAAGAAGCUCGGCGUGCUCGGGCUCAGGGGGAGCUACCACGGUGAUACGAUCGGCGCGAUGGAUGCGUGCGAGGACGCCGGGGUGUACACGUGCGAGUGGCACAACGCGAAGGGGUUCUGGUUCGACCCGCCGAGCGUGGCGAUCCGCAAGGGGAAGACGGUUGUGCGCCUGCCGGCCGCGAUCGCGGCGCGGACGGAGGAGGGCGCGGAGGACGUGGAGACAGGCUCGCUGUCGUGGACGUACGACGUCGAGAAGCGCCUGGUCACCCCGCUCGCCGGAGUCUACCGGGACUACAUCUCGACCACGCUAGAGAAGUUGCGCGAGAAGGGCGAGCACCGUCUUGCGGCGCUCGUCGUCGAGCCGCUCGUGAUGGGCGCGGGCGGGAUGAUCUUCGUCGACCCGCUCUUCCAGCGCGUCCUCGUCGACGUCGUCCGCGGCACCCCCGCGUCAUCCUCCGCCGGCGACUGGUCCGGCAUGCCGGUCAUCUUCGACGAGGUUUUCGUCGGCUUGUAUCGCCUGGGGCAGGAGACCACGUCCCCAUUGCUCGGCGUCGCGCCCGACGUCUCCGUGCACGCGAAGAUCCUCACGGGCGGCCUCGUCCCGCUCGCGGUCACGCUCGCAUCCGACGCGAUCUUCAAAGCGUUUUGGAGCGAGAAGAAGACGGACGCGCUGCUGCACGGGCACAGCUAUACGGCGCAUGCCGUCGGGUGUGAAGUCGCGAACGAGACUCUGCGGAUCCUGGACGGGAUUAAGGGGAGCGAGGCGUGGGCGGAGGCGAAGGGCAGGUGGCUAGGCGGGGCGACGGAGGAUGCGAAGGACGAGACCGCUGCGGUUUGGAGUUUCUGGGACCCGAGCUUUGUGGAUGCGCUGUCUCGGUCGGAGGCGGUCGAGGAGGUGAUGACAAUGGGGACCGUGCUCGCGAUCAAGAUCAAAGACGAAGGCGCCGGUUACGCUUCCACGUCGGCGCAAUCCGCCCUCGUCUCGCUUGCGGAAGUCGGGCAGCAAGGCGAACAGCUAACGGCCGCUCCCGGCGGUGCGCCAUACAACGUCCAUUAUCGGACGCUGGGCGAUGUGGCGUACUUCAUGCUGAGUUUGAACACGCCUCCGUCGCUUGCGCGGUCAAUGGAGGACAAAAUCUGGCGUGCGCUCUUACAUUGAGCCAAGAAGGUGCCAUGUCUAUUGUUGCGUGUACAGAGAGCAAUUGUAAAGCGAUUACGUCACCCAUAAAGCAGGGUAACAUAACCCAAGCGACAAUGAUUUCAUUCACCG